GUGUCAUAGACACAAAUUUGGAUGCGCGAGCCCAAGACAGCCAAAGCUGCUGCCUUAGCAGGUCGUGCGAGAAAAUGUCUUCAAAUUUGCUUAGUUUUGGCGGCAAGGGGCCUUUUUGUGUUCCAACUUGUUCACCCAGCGUCAGUUCAUCCCGCAGUGGUUUGAGCCGGCCAAGUAGUCGGGCAGAUGAAGCGCGGUUAUCUGGUGCUGGUCGCUUUGUCCUUGGCGAUGUGAAGAUGGGCGCAGAUGGGAUGAAGUACAAAGACACGGUUUACGAGAAGAACGGUGACUCUCGAUGUGUUCCCUGGAGCGUGCUUUUGGACAUGGAGAAAUCCAACGGCACCAAGUUCAGGGAGAAAUGUGAAAGCGAGAAGACUGGCCCGAUGAAUGAGAAGCUAAGGAAGGUUGAAAGCCCGGGAUGGCUUUGUGAAGUGAACCGUGCUCUUGGAUCAGUUCAGUCAGGUGAAUCCGAUGCCCUGCAGCAAUGGUACUCACGCUGGCAACAGCAGUCUCACCAGCGAAGUUCCCAAGUCAAGACCACAUCAGUAUCUUCAGCAUUCCAAUUGAAAUCUUCCCGUGUUAAAGGCCUCGAUGCUCCAAAGCAAGAGUGGUGCAGACUAAGCCCUAAAUCCAAACGUGCAAUUCAGCAAUGGGUCACAGGAGACAUUGGGGGGCGGCAUUGCCUUAUGCUUCUCGAGCAUGAUGCAGCAAUAGACUUUUUCAUAUCCCCAUUGGACCACCAGGAGAUGUCGGCCUCCGAUGUUGGCUCGGGUGGUGCUCUUUGCGCACUUUCAGGGCUUCCUCUCGAAGCUCAGGGGAGCCAAGAAGGUGGUUGGCUCUACAGAGAGGUUUUUGCAAAAAGUCCGGCCGCUGUUCUGGAAGAUGCUUUGCAAGCAGCGUUGCGCGAUGAUUGGAAAAGUCAAUGUGCAGACCAGGCCAACCUUGCUCUUAGGCGAAUGGCAAUAAAAGCGCAAGCCGCUGGCAUGCACUCACUCUUGGGCAACCGGGGGGCAGAUGGGCCUCGUUGCUCUGACGAGUACAUGAGGAUUCAAGUUUGGCUGGAGGUGGUCCGCUACCAUGCAGCCGAACAAUUAAAAGGACAAACCAUGCUGAACGCCAAUGCCAGACCGAAGGCACGUCCAAAGAGAUUGUCUAUCGAGGGCUGCACUGCUUUGUGGGACGACAGGCAGUUCCUACGAGAUCUCCAAAGGCAAGAUUCGGACAUAGAAGCAGCAGCUUCUCACAUGAGUUUCGAGCAGAUCUGCAAGCAGAACCAGUCAAUGGAGACGUAUAUGAUGAGGGUGGUACGCUUGGGCCUUAGAAUGAAAUGCGUUCGGAUUUGGAUGGAUGCCACGAACAUCAUUGGGUGGCAGAGCAACGUUGCUAUGAGGAAUCUUGCAGACGAGUGUGCUUCCUACGUAGUGCUUGGGUUGCAUGGCCCUAGCGCAACUGCAGAUGAGAUCAAGAAAGCCUACCGCACUCUGGCACUGAAAGAGCAUCCAGACAAGGCUGGCAUUGAGAACAAGGAACGCUUUCAAGAGAUACAAGAGGCCUAUGCUGCAGCACUCAAGCGGAGCAAGUCUGAAGGCCACAAUACAGGCCGAGAUGAGAGCUCCGCAAUACCGAACACGUUUACAAAGGAAGCCGCGUUUUCUGCGGAGCAAGUGAAGGAUGCAGCAGACGAGAUAGCAGCUAUAGCAUCCCGCACCGGUUCGUUAUGUGCACGGGCUGUAGAGGCUCGCGGGCAACAAAAACGGACCGCCUUACGUGAGUUAAUGGACAUUACCAGACAAGGAGCAAGCAAGCUUCGAGAUUGUGCUGUCAACAUGCGGAUCCUGCGCACUGGGAGCUGUCAAGUGGCGGCAUGCGCUUCUCAGGCAUUGGAUGAAUAUGGGUCAUGGGCUGCAAGCAUCAUGUCUGGGGUGGGGCUUGAAGAGCGUGGAGACCUUGUCAAGGCUGCAGGGUUGUCCUGCGGAGUGACUGCAGAUCACCUUGAGGAAAUGGCUAUGAAUGACGAGAAUAUGGUGGCCAUGUUAGAGAAUCCAGGGUGCUCGAUUGACCAAAGCUCUGCGGUGCGCGUGCUUAGUGAGAGCACAUCCCGGACAGCAACUGUGGUACGCUGCGCUGCGGACAAAGCCAUUUGUGUCGCUAAUGGUUCUUUGGAACUCGGCUGCAGCUUGGCCAUGUUGGAUCAAGAACAAAGGAAGGAGAGAGCCAAGGAGAAGGCAAAGGAGACCGAAGUGAAGGAAGGUGAGAGAAGUGAGAGCCGCUCUCACGAGACAAGUGAACCAAUGCGUCACGGACCACGCAUGAGAGGACAUGUACGAAAGUCUGAGUCAGAAGGCGAAGGUGAGCAGGGCGAGGGCGAAGAAGCCGAAGAGGCAGAAGAGGAGGGGAAGCCAAAGCAGGCCAAGCUCCUGGUUCGCAAUUUGAGGUGGCUCGAAAGCCUCAACGCAGAAGUGCUGGAGCUUCAAACAAAGUGGCGAGCUGCCAUUCAUUCAGAUCGUGGGAUGCUGAAAGGCAUAGCCCCCGAGCACAAGGGAGGUGUGUUCGAUCUUGUCGGGCAGAUUCUUCACGCAGCAAUCGCUGAAGCAGUGCAUUGGGCCAAGGAUGAUGCUUUGUCUUCAAAGCAAGUCCUCGAGCGGUCACUGGCAUUUGCUCUAGCUUUGGAGCACACCCAGCAGGUGGCGGUGCCUGCAGAAGUGAAGACGCAAGUUAUGAAGCAUGCAGCGCUGUUGGAUGUGGACUUGCUGUGCCAGAUCAUCGACGGGCCCUUCCAGAAGCGGCUCAUAUCUGCCGGGACUCGGCGAGCAACCCUGACUUCCAGCCGGCCACGGUCACUGGCGCCAGGCGAAUCAUGGCCACAUGUAGUGCAGUCGGUUUGCUCAAGAAUUUCCUCGAGCCUGCGGCAAUCGUAUACGACCAGUGGGUCUACGGCCUGCAACUGACGUCGUCGGGUUUCAAGGUCAAGGUGAAGCUACUUGUAGAUGGACCUAUGUUGUUAGUUAACGAUAGCAUCAUCGUGCCCCACACCAACUAAGUUGGUUAGAAAGUUGCACGUGGCUGAAACGGUGUCCAUUGGCAGCAGGCGAGCUAUGGAACGGUCCCCAGCUUGUAAUGGCCACAAUGCGUACUGACACACAGCAAGUGUGCUGCAACAAUUGUUGCAACCCGCAAAGUCCCAUGGCAAUUGAAACG